AUGCAUCUGGCUUCAGAGGGAGGGAAGAGGAUAGUGGUGUCGCCAUAUGUGAAAAAAUUGGCCAAUGAGUUGAAGGUGGAUUUGGGAACAGUGGUGGGGACUGGACCCAUAGGUAGGAUUGUGACUGAUAACGUUGAGGCAACGAUGGCAGUAAGUGUGAUGGCUGCUUCUGAGCAUGUGUUGCUUCCUACUUCUCCGGCUGAGGUAGUUUGGUUUGAAUUGCGAACAACGGUUCCUUUCACUAAAAUAGAGGGUGCUGUAAGUAGGAAUAUGGUUAAGAAUUUGUCUGUGCCUAGUUGUAGAGUUGGGCACACCAUAACCACAAAUGCCCUUGAUGCCUCGUCCAAGAAAAUCAAGUCCAAGGCCAUAACAAUGACAGCAUUGCUUGCGAAGGCAACGAUACUUGCAUUGGUUCAACAUCCUAUAGUUAAUUCCUCCUGUAGGGAUGGCAAUCGCUUUACAUCUAACAGUAGCGUCAGUAUUGUUGUUGUAGCUAUAGAUGAUGGAUUGAUUACACCAGUUCUGCAGGAUGUUGAUAAGGUUCUUGUUGUUCUACUUUUUGCUGCCCAUCAUUUUACGUAG